UCCACUUUGAAGCUGCAAUAGUGUCUGGUCGUAUUCAAAGACCAGCGAGCUCCUUUCCCUUCUCUCUCAUCCUUCAAGAGUCCACCAUCCAUCAUGUCUCACCGAAAGUACGAAGAGCCCCGUUCCGGUUCGCUUGCUUUCCUCCCGAGGAAACGUGCUGCCCGGCACAGGGGUAAGGUCAAGGCGUUCCCCAAGGACGACCCCAAAAAGCCAGUGCACCUCACCGCUAUGAUGGGAUACAAGGCCGGUAUGACCCACGUUGUCCGUGAUCUCGACCGUCCUGGAUCCAAGAUGCACAAGCGUGAAGUCGUCGAGGCCGUCACUGUCAUCGAAACUCCCCCGAUGGUCAUUGUUGGUGUGGUUGGAUACGUCGAGACACCACGAGGCUUGAGAUCUCUGACCACCGUUUGGGCGGAGCACCUGUCCGACGAGGUCAAGAGGAGAUUCUACAAAAACUGGUACCGAUCAAAGAAGAAGGCUUUCACCCGAUACGCCAAGAAGCACUCCGAGUCCAGUGGUCAAUCCAUUUCCCGUGAAAUUGAGCGAAUCAAGAAGUACUGCACUGUCGUUCGAGUCCUUGCCCACACCCAACUCUCCAAGACUGGCCUGUCACAAAAGAAGGCUCAUUUGAUGGAGAUUCAGGUCAACGGAGGAAGCGUCGCCGACAAGGUCGAGUUCGCCAAGAGCCACUUCGAAAAGACUUUCGAAGUCUCUUCCCUGUUCGAGCAAGACGAAGUUAUCGACGUCAUUGGAGUUACCAAGGGUAAAGGAUACGAGGGUGUGACUGCCAGAUGGGGAACCAAGAAGUUGCCGAGAAAGACUCAUCGUGGUCUGAGAAAGGUCGCUUGUAUUGGAGCUUGGCACCCUUCCAAGGUCAUGUUCUCUGUGGCCCGUGCUGGUCAGGACGGAUACCACCACCGAACAUCGAUGAACCACAAGAUCUACAAGAUCUGCGAUGGUUCCGCCGAGGGAUCUGGAGGUACCGAGUUCGACAUCAGCAAGAAGACCAUCAACCCUAUGGGAGGAUGGCCUCACUACGGUCUCAUCCGUGGAGACUGUAUCGUCCUCAAGGGAGGUGUCCCAGGACCCAAGAAGCGAGUCAUUACUCUCCGAAAGGCUCUCCGAACACACACCUCUCGAGCUCACCUGGAGAAGGUUCAACUCAAGUACAUCGACACCACCUCCAAGUUCGGACACGGAAAGUUCAACGAUGCGCAAGAGAAGGCCGCCUUCCUCGGUCAACUCAAGAUCAAGGCUUCUGCCUAAGUGGAACGGAGUUGAUCUUGGAUGUUGUGGACGAGGGGCUGGUCAUGGGAGAGGAUGUGUUUGUCUGCUUGUAUAUCGUUCUCCAUACGCAGACGAAGCAUGCAUACGUGCGACGAC